CCGUUCGGUUUUUCGCUCAUGUAAUCACCCCCAGGCGGGUGCGCGCAACACAGACCGAUCGACCAGCUUCGUUCGCAAACUAUAGUUCGGCCGGAAAGCGGAAGGUACGUGGUGCUUUGUGUCCUGUAUUUUUUCUCCACAAAAUGAACCAUCUACGAGUGGCGCUCAUCAGGCAGCAGCGGGUGUGCCGGCGUGCCGCAAUACAGUGUGUUGCCGGUUCGAGCUUCACGGUCGUUCUACAGCAACCGUCCGUACCGUUUACCCGGCUGCUUUCCCAAUCCGUACGCCUUUGCCAAACAGUGCCGUCGGCAAAGCAGCAAGAACUGGCCACCCCUCCGGACCAGCAAACGCGCACCGGGAAAAAACAACCGAAAGACAGUGUACGAUUGGUGGACGAGCUGCGGUCCGAUGCGAUCGUGUACCGGCGAGUGCAGCUGGAGAAGCUAAAUCAAUUGCUUGCGAAACCGUUCGAAAUACCGGCGGAUGCGUACGAAUUUUUACUCCAGUGCUGCGGAACGCUGCUGUGUGCGGAAACGCUCGAAACGCGCAUGAAGGUGUUCGAACAGUUCUGGUUCUAUAUGGGUGAACCGGACCAGAAACACUGGAAGGUGUUACUGCAGGUGUACCGGGAAAACGAACGUUCCAUCACGGAUGUGCCGGCGUUUCUCGCCAGCAUGGGCGACGGGAUCGAGAAGGAUGCGGAGCUGUACCGCGGGCUAAUGGGUGUGCUGGCCGAGAAGGGAGACAUCGCCGAGAUGAAGCUGGUGGGCGAGAUGAUGAAGGAGCGCAAUAUGCCCCUGACGGUCGAUGUGAUCAACCUGAUGAUCCGCGGGUAUGGCCGGGCGGGCGAUCUGGACGGCGUACAGAUGGUGCUGGAAACGAUGAGCGCUAGCAAUGUGUCCGCCAACGGGGAAACUUACGGUGAGCUGAUGAUCGCCUUCCUGGAGGACGGAAUGACCGACCGGGUGAAUAAGAUGGUACGCGAGAAAGGUGCACAGCUAAACGAAAGACACAUCCUCGAACUAUUAUCCCUAGCGCUGGGGGAGAAAAUGCAACCCGAAUUGGUACGCGCGCUGUUGAAACUGUUGCCGGAAGAGAUGACUGCGGACGGCCGCAUACAUCCGGUGCUGCGGAACGUGCUUAGCGGAUUAAUCCGAUCCGGGCAGCUGGACGGCAUGAUGGCACUGCUCGACGAGCUUCCAGCGCCACAGUUCCGGGCGAACGAAAGUACCGACGCGUACGGCAAUUUCCUGAUCGUGGAGAUGCUUCGCAACGAUGUGCCGCUCGAGCGGUUAAAGAAAUUCCUUUCCACGCUCAUCAAAACCGACCGUAAUGCACGGGCGUAUCAUGUCGCCUGUGAGUGUGCGGCCAAAGCGGCACAUCCGUACUUUUCCCACCUGCUAGCGGCACUCGCUAAGCUCGAGGAUCUGCGCCCACACUACUUCUGGCCCCUGUUCCAGCAGCGCUCGAAAGCGGACGGAGAGGGCGGCAUACUUUCGACGCUGCAAACGAUGCAAAAGCUGAAAGUGGAACCGGACCAAGAAACGCUCACGCAGUACGUGCUGCCGAAGCUGGCACUCACACUCAAAGAUUCCCGGCGGGCACUGAAGAUACUGGAGGAUUGUGGUGUUCGGACGAGCGUGCUGAUGACACCGUACAUUUCCCAUCUGCUCUACCAGAACCGCUUCGACGAGGUGCUUGAGAUUGUGCGCCGUUACCCGACGACCAAGCUCGACACGGAAGCGUUGCUGUGGCCGCUGCAGCUGCUUGCUAACGUUAACCGGUCGAGCGCUCACCAGCGGAAGCUGUGCGAGGUGAUGUGCGCCCUGCGGGACCGAGCAGCGGACGCACGCCACGAUCUUGGUGGCCAGCUGCUGCUGGAGCUGAUCAGCAACAAGCAAAGCAAGCACGAUGCCAACAGUCUGCGGGCGCUGCUCGGCGAGUACGAGCGGUUCGAGAUUCGGAUAUCGCGCAUGGCCGCCGGAGUGCUGAAGAAUCAUUUUGGACGGGCGGAGAAAGGUGGAACCGGCGGUGAAUCGAUCGACACCGUGCUGAAGCAGGUAACGGACGACCAGUUGACGAUCCUGUCGAGGGAACUGUUCGACACAAUCAGUGUCCAUCCGCGGGACAUGAGCUACGACGAGCUGGAGUGCCAUCUGGUAGAGCUGGAACAGAAGAAGCUAAACACGCGCGGAGUGCUCCGGCGGCUGCUGCAGCUUAGCGUCCGCGAGGGACGCUACAAGCGUGCGCUCGAGCUGAAGCAAAAGUGCGACCAGGCAAGGGUGGACCAAAGCUCGGGCAUGCUGGCGUCGGUCGUCGAACUGUACACCAAGGUGGGCGAUCCGGUGCAGGCCGGCCGCACGCUCGAACAGUUGCGCAAACAGUUUCCGGGCUUUAUCGUGGACGAGCACAAGAUCAUCGAUUACGCUGCGCUGCUCGCUGAACGGGGACAGCUCGACGGUGCGCGCAAGAUUCUCCGCGAGCGUGCCACAACCGGGGGCAGGCUGCGCGGUGCGGACGACGGCUCGACAAGCAAGAACGUUUGGAACUUACUCUCGAAAACCGCACAGUGGGCGGCGACUUCCGGACAGCAAAGUGGUGCCUCUCCCAACACCACACUCCAGCUGCUCGAUUUCCUCGUCGAGCUCGGCUACUGUAACUACGACAAUGCGCUGCUCGGUCCGGUGCUGCGCGAAUAUCUGCUGGCCGGCGAUAAGCGUACCGCGAUCGAAGAGUUUAAACGCAUCGCACAGGACAAACGUCGCACACCGCUGCAGCUGGAAAUCAUUACGCUGCUGGUGGAGCUAACGAACGGUGGGCCGGACGAAGCGUGCGGCAUUUCGCCUGCCGACGCAAAAACCCUGCUCAGCGAAACCAUCCAGAUCGUUUCGCAAAUCCACGGCCCAGUCAACACGAACAACACGCUGAUCGUGGCACUGGCGGUUGCCGGCACCGAGGCCCAGCUGCGCCGUAUGCUGAUCAACCCGGAGGUACGCAUCAACCACGAGUACAUCCUGGCGCAGUGCGAGUUUUUGGUCGGCAGUGGCAAGCUUGAGCCCGUGCUCCGGUUAGCCAAAUGCAGCAAAGGGUUGGCCAAUGUGCGCGAGUCCGAUUUUCUGCUGCUUGCCCUGGGACAGUACGUGCGGGAGAACAACUGCGAGGCGGCCGUACGGCUCUUCCAGCGGCUGGUAGACGAAGGCGACGAGCUGAAGGUUACGGCCGAGUUUGCCCGCAAACUGUCCGAUCUGCUGGAGGCGAACCAUUUCGAGGUGCCGGCUGGAUUGCAGAUGUACCUGAAGUGAUUGGCAGGAAGGGUGGUCCCUUCCCAAUAUGUACAUAAUAGAUACCUAGGAGCCGUGAGGCGCAACGCAGGAGCGCAAUAGUCAUUAAAUAAAUAAAUUGCAUCGGUGCAACGCGAUAAGAGAUCUACAAUGAA